AUGUUCUUUGCCGUUACUCCGCACGGUCCUUACAUUGCUAGCAAUAUGGGCCGCUCACUUGUCUUACUCAAAGAUCCAGACUCGGCUACACACCAGAUACGUGAUGCGCAAGAAUGGCUGCCAAGAACCGCCAUCAAGUAUGGCAGGACGUUUCGCACCCAUCCCCUAGGCACACCCACGAUCAAGAUCAUGGACACAGACAUCACCAAGUACGUGCACGCGACGUACUUCGACCAUUUUGGCGUGGAGAAGAUCCGUUCCGGUAUCGAAUACCUCUAG